UUUAAUAUCUUACUUGCAAUGGAAGGGAAGUUUUUCUUGAGCCAAUACUUGAUAUGUGUGAUAUUACUGUUGGGGCAGCUACAUGGAUGCAAAAGCUGCAUUGGGAAAGAAAGGGAAGCUUUGUUGGAGCUCAAGAACUACUUGAUGUCAAGGAGUCGAGAAUCAGGACUCGACUAUGUUCUCCCUACUUGGACAAAUGACACAAAGAGUGAUUGCUGCCAGUGGGAGGGCAUUAGAUGCAAUCGUACAAUCAGGCGGGUUAUCGGGCUUUCUGUUGGUAAUAUGUACUUUAAAGAGAGCUCUCCUUUAAAUCUUUCCUUGCUUCAUCCCUUUGAAGAGGUUCGAAGUCUGAACUUAUCUACGGACGGAUACAAUGAAUUCAAUGGCUUCUUUGAUGACGUAGAAGGUUAUAAAAGCUUAAGUAGAUUAAGAAGCUUGCAGAUCAUAGAUCUUUCAACAAAUUAUUUCAACAACAGCAUAUUACCUUAUCUUAAUGCCGCGACAUCACUUACAACUCUUUUUCUCCCGUAUAACGAAAUGGAUGGCCCUUUUCCUAGUAAAGCACUAAAAGACUUGAAAAACUUGGAACUGCUAGAUUUAAGAGCAAACACACUAAGAGGCUCCAUGCAAGAGCUAACUCAUCUGAAAAAGCUAAGAGCUCUAGAUCUAAGUUCGAAUAAUUUUUCUAGCUCAAUGGAAUUGCAAGAACUAAAGAAUAUGAUUAACUUGGAAGUUUUGAGUCUUGCUCAGAAUCAUUUAGACGGACCUCUCCCAACAGAAGUAUUUUGUAAUAUGAAGAAUCUGCGCGAGCUCGAUCUCAGAGGAAAUCAUUUUGUAGGCGAGAUUCCUCUUUGUUUAGGUAGCUUGAACAAGCUAAAGGUUCUUGACCUCUCAUCCAACCAGUUUAGUGGAAAUCUACCAUCUAGUUUCAGCAGCCUUCACUCCCUUGAAUAUCUAUCAUUGUCAGAUAACAACUUCUCCAGCUCAUUCUCCCUCAAUCCGCUCACUAACCUUACCAAGCUCAAGAUGUUUAAACUAUCAUCAAGAUCCCGUACGGUACAAGUCAAAAUAGAGAGUACCUGGAGGCCAAAUUUUCAACUGAAUGUGGUUGUACUACGAUCUUGCAGCUUGGAGAAAAUCCCUUCAUUUCUCGCGUACCAGAAAAACUUGCGUCUAGUUGAUCUAUCCAGCAACAAGUUAUCUGGAAACAUUCCUAGCUGGCUCUUGGAGAAUAAUCCAGAACUUGAAGUCUUACAGUUGCAAGAUAAUUCAUUCACUACUUUUCAAAUGCCUACAACAGUGCAUACUUUGCAGGUCUUGGAUUUUUCCGCUAAUAAUAUUGGGAAGUUCCCUGAUAAUAUGGACCAUGCACUACCAAACCUGGUACGUUUAAAUGGCUCGAAUAAUGGGUUCCAAGGGUACUUCCCAUCUUCUAUUGGUGAGAUGGUGAAUAUUUCAUUCUUGGACCUGUCUUAUAAUAACUUUUAUGGGAAGCUACCAAGAAACUUUGUCACAGGUUGUGUUUCACUGAUAUUCUUGAAGCUCUCUCACAACAAAUUUAGCGGCGCGGUUCUUCCACUAGAAACAAACUUCCCUUCACUUGAUGUGUUGAGAAUGGAUAACAAUUUAUUUACGGGGAAGAUUGGAGGUGGUUUGCUUAGCUCCACUUUUUUGCGAAUCCUUGACAUGUCCAAUAAUGGUCUCAGUGGUGCUAUUCCAAGAUGGUUGUUUGAGUUUCAUUAUUUGGAUUUCUUAUUGCUAUCCAACAAUUUCUUAGAAGGUACGAUACCACCUUCUUUGUUGGGAAUGCCCUUUCUCUCGUUUCUUGACCUUUCUGGAAACAAUCUUUCUGGAGCCUUACCGUCGCGUGUUGAUGGUGUUUGGGGGAUAUCUAUGUUCUUACAUAACAACAGCUUCUCAGGGUCAAUUCCGAAUACGUUGGUGCAAAGUGUUCAGAUACUUGAUCUUCGGAACAAUAAACUCUCUGGGAGUAUCCCGCAGUUUGUCGAUACCGAAAGCAUAAAUAUUCUUUUGCUGAAGGGAAACAGUUUAACAGGAUCUAUUCCAAGGCAGCUUUGUUAUUUGAGAGACAUCAGACUUUUAGAUCUCUCAGACAACAAGCUCAAUGGCUUCAUACCGUCAUGCCUAUAUAAUAUGUCAUUUGGUCGUUUACAAGAGGACACAACUGCUCUCAACAUUCCACCAUCUUUUAAUCAAAUGAGCGUUGAGCUGGAAUUAUACAAAUCCACUUUUUUGGUAGAUAAGAUCGAAGUAGACCGCUCGACCUAUCAAGAAGUUGAAAUCAAGUUUGCAGCAAAGCAAAGGUAUGAUUCUUAUAGUGGAAGAUCUGAGUUCAGGGAAGGAAUACUUCGGCUUAUGUAUGCGAUGGAUCUUUCAAACAAUAGAUUAAGUGGUGUUAUCCCGACAGAGAUUGGAGAUCUCUUGAGACUAAGAGUGUUGAAUAUAUCCCACAAUUUCUUGUCGAGUUCAAUACCGUCAAGCUUCUCCAAACUGAAGGAUAUUGAGAGCCUUGAUCUUUCACAUAACAAGUUGCAGGGAAGCAUUCCUCAACAGCUAAGCAGCCUUACUUCUCUUGCUGUGUUCGACGUCUCUUACAACAACUUAUCAGGAAUCAUUCCCCAAGGAAGGCAAUUUAAUACCUUUGACGAGAACAGCUACAUAGGCAAUCCUCUUCUCUGUGGACUACCGACCAAUAGAAGUUGUGAGGCUAAGAAGGACUCAGAGGAAGCAAUGAAUGAAAGAGAAGAAGAAGAGGAUGAAGCUGCUAUUGACAUGUUGGUCUUCUCUUUUAGUACUGCAUCAACUUAUGUGGCCGCAUUGAUAGGUAUUCUUGCACUUAUGUGCUUUGAUUGUCCUUGGAAUCGAGCAUGGCUCUGCAUUGUUGAUGGUUUCAUUGCUUAUGCUAAAAACAUAUUUCAUUAAAGAUCAGUUCAGUCCAAAAACUUGAAUCUAAUUUUGUUUCAGUUCAGUAAACUUAAAUCUAUUUUUUUUAAUAUUAGAUAAC